AUGCUCAUCUGCUACCUUUUCCAGGGUGGACUCCAGAGCCCCUUAUUCUCACCAGUUCUCAAAAAUUACGCCCUUUCCUCAUGCUGCGAGGAACAGGACAAGUCCCUCCUUGCUUCUCCUGGAGCCUCUCCAUACAGCCACUGCAAGAGCAGUAUCUACCUUGUGCUUGACUUCUGUGAGCAUGACCUGGCUGGCCUCCUCAGAAAUGCUCACAUCAAGUUCACACUGGCAGAGAUUAAGAAGGUCAUGCAGCUGUUAUUGAAUUGACUUCACUACAUCCACAGGAACAAGGUAAUGGUCCAGAUCUAUCUGCACUGAAACCUGAAACCUGCAAAUGUGAUGACACAGGAUGGAGUCCUGAAGCUGGCAGACUUUGGGCUGGCUUGACCUUUCAUCCAGGCUAGGAACAGCCAGACGAACCACUACACCAAGCAGGUGGUGAUGCUGUGGUAUUGGGCACCAGAGCUGCUGCUCAGGGAUCAGAACUAUGGUUCCCCCAUUGACCUCUGGAGCACAGGCUGCAUCAUGGUAGAGAUGUGGACUCACAGCCCCUUUAUGCAGGGGAUCACAGAGCAGCACCAGCUUGCCCUUAUGAGCCAGCUCUGCAGAUCCAUCACACCGGAGCCAGAUUUAACCUUGUGUCAUUGCAACGGACAAAGCAGCUGGAGUGCUGUAAAACGGCACCUCUGGCAUCCCCGACGGCAGGUUUGGGUUCAGACAUGGUUAACUUCCCUCCGGGGUGUUUGUGGCUCUGCCUGCCUCUGCGUCGUUAACGGGAGGGAGAGUCACUGCGAUUCUGCAUGA